UCUACAACCAUUUUGGAUCUUUCUACUUCAGACAGAGUUUCCAUCUGCAGCUUGGACGGACAUCUGUCUGGUUCCAGACCUCUUCUUCUCAUUGCAGAUCCUGCCAUGGGUUGUGGGCUACGAAAGCUCGAAGAACCUGAUGAUAGUAGUCCUGGCAAAAUAUUUUCUACUCUGAAGAGACCACAAGUGGAAACAAAGACUGAUAUUUCAUAUGAAUACCUUUUACUGGAUUUUACUUUAGACAUCAGUUCAUCAAAUCCAGAUGUUAUCUGGAUCUCCUCUCUCUUGGAUCUUAAUUCUAAGCUGGAAGGGUACUACAGGAAAGGAUAUGUUGUUGCCACCAUCCACCCUACAAUUCUUUCUGUGGGGCGAAGGAAACGUUCUCCACUAAGUUACAUCUAUAGAGUUAUAUUAACUAAAAUAAAAUCAGGUGUAAAGAAGUCAGAACAAGGAGAACAAAAGCACAGCAAGCUAGUUGUUGAAGAAUGGCCUGUCAGCAAUCAAAUGCUUUCCAGUGAUGUUCUGAAAGGGCUGUUGGACAAGGUUAAUGAUUCAGCUAAGAAAGGAAUGAAGUUCAUUGGAUUUUUAAACCAGCUCCAUUCCCAGUCAAAAGCCUGCAAUGGCACAAACUUAUCAAUAGAGCCAGAUAUGGAUUUGGCCCAGGAUGCCAACUUUCAGUUGCCAGAUCAAAGUAAGCAUAAUCCCGACAAUAACUCUCUAAAAUGCAAUGAGGGGACUUCAAACAUGAAGCCAGUGGAAUCUGCAGGAGAAGAAGAACAUUGGUGCAAUAAAAUCCCCAAUGUUUUAGAGAAUGGUCCAUCUCCAGAAGAAGAUCAUUUGCAUGGAAGAGGAAAGGGAAAUGGAAAAGAAAACUUUGCUACUGCUCAACCAAAGGAAGAUUUGAAGCUGUUUGCUCUUUUCAAUGUUUCUGAUGAAGACUUCAGUACACGGUCCUACCAUGAAGGCAAUCUGUCCCUCAGAGUAACAAGGAAAGGCCAAACCAUCUGUACCCUGGAAGCAGAUUGGUUGGAAAUUACAACAACUUACUAUAAAAGGGGAAUGUCCUUGGUCGAUUCAUUCGUAGAUUGGGAAAUAAUGAAGGGAGACUAUUUAUCCAAGUCUGUGGAUGGAAUGUUUAUAUAUGAAGAACAUCAUUUGGACACAGUUAAUUCAAACAAGAUGCCAAAUGAUGCAAUAGUUGUUGAACAGUGGACUGUCAUUGAGGGUUGUGAAGUAAAGACUGAUUAUGGUCCAUUGCUGCAUACACUGGCAGAAUUUGGAUGGUUGGUUACUUGUGUGCUAGCCACACCUAUCAUUCGCCAUGACAGUGAAGGAAAUUUAGCAACAAAACAAGUGAUAUUCUUACAGAGAUCUGCCAUACCCAGCCACGAUCUGUGUCUGGAAACAGCAGAGAAAAAAACUACUCAACAACCAAAAACUAACGAGAAAAGCAGAAACUGGAACCGAAAUGUGGGUGUGAACACUGGUAAAAAUAAGCCUUCAGAAUCUGCUGAACGUUCCUGUACUGCUGCCGAGAGAACCUUCUGGCUCAAAGAGCCAUCCAAUCAAUACAAAGGCUUUUCAGGGAUGCCUAGCAGUGAGAAUGUUCUCAGAGACUUGGAUGAUGGGCAGCUAGAUCAAGAAGAAGAAACACCUCAAGUUACCUGCAUCUGACAUUGCACUAUUCUGUUAUUAUUUCAAAAGGUAACAGUAUAAAGAUAAUCAGACUUUCUCGAUCAUACAUUGAUAAGAGCUGAUAGCUUUAGCUGGAACAUGAAGAGUUUUAUUUUCAACAGAAAACUGUGUUUGAAAAUAUGUCUUUUUGAAACUUUUUUUUUACUUUUAUAUAAUCUUACACAACAAACAUGUUGACAAAUAGUUAGUCUGUCAAAAGCUAAGUUGAUAGAUCCAGUUUCUCUAACAAAUCAGUCACAAUUUAUCCUUAGGAAAAACUUUAACUCUGAUUUAAAACUACUUUCUACUUAUUUAGUAAAAGCAUUCACAGGAAAGGGAAUAUUUAGAUAUCCAUAAAUAUUUAUAUUUUACUUUACAAUUUACGUGAUAUUUUUGCUAUUUCUUCAAUUUAUAUUGUGUGUACUGUUAUUUUUAAUUGUACAUAAUCUCUUUUUCUUUCAUUUCUGUUUGUACAAUUCUUUGAUUUUUUUUAUAUAUUCCCAUCUUUCAAGAAUAUGUUCACACAAAAUGAUAUUCUCACUGCAUUAUCUAAGUGAAUCUGGAGCACUGUUCAUCAAAGAAAUAAUGCUUGUUACCCUGCCUAGUAAUGUAUAAGUCAUAAUGAAUUGUACAAAAAAAUUACUGUUUGCUCUGUCCCUUUGAUAUCAGCUAAACCUACUGAUGGAAUUAUUAACUUCCAAUGCACUGAGAGGUAUUUUAUAAGAAUCAGUCUGGCACUGGUGUCAACACAAAAUUCCCUCAGUUAACUUAUUCAUUUCUUCAGUUCAUUAGGAGAAUAACAAACUAUUAUGGUUGUCCUUUAUAAAGAACCUUUGUAUCAUAUUGUACACUGAGUAGGAUACCAGAUGAAGCACUCAGAUAAAUCAUAUACUGAAUUUGGAUUACAGUGAAAUUUCUUAUUCCUUGCUCUGCACAAUUGCCGGUGAUAUGUUAUAAUGUUGAAGAACAUGUGUACAAGAAUUAAUCAUCCAUCAUUUACAACAAUAAUUCCAAAAUCAUUGUGAACAUGUAACCACAUGUUUCGUUGUCAUACUUGCAUUUUUAGCAGGAUGCAAAACUGGAAUGCAUCCAUGUACAUGUCCAGCAAUAAAUUAAAAGUCUUUCAUUGACUUAAAAAUGAAAACUUUUUGAUAGGAAGAAAAAUUGGGAAUGCAGUUACAUUUGGAUGACUACAAGAUGCACCUUUAAUACGUGUGUGGCAAAUUUCUGUUAAACAAAGCACACAAAGGUAAAAAGACAGAGCUGUUUAUCAAAAUUUCUGGUUUGAAAUGAUCCUUGCAAUUAUUACAAAACAGCCUCAUUUUUAGUGGAAUGAGGCAAAUAGCUACAUUUUUUGCGUAAAAAAUGUUAAUUAACUCUGCUGAAUUCUUUAAAGUUUUUAACUGUAUGUUACUGUUUAGAAGCGAGGUUUAAUGGGUUUCAUGAAGUUGAUGCUUAUCACUUUGUUUGUGUGGAAGAAUGGAAUGAAAGAAAGUAAAUGAAGCUGUAGCUUCAUUGUUUUUAUGUUGUUUGAUGUUAUAGAGGGAAACAAUUUACUAAUAUCAAAUCAUGUAAUAUGCAUUACGGGUAUUUGUGAGUGUGAUAAAGCUGGAAUUCAUGUUGGGAUUCAGAUGAUUUGAUGUAAGUCCUGCAAUUAAAUCACAAUCUGCCAUUAUUUUUGACAUACAUAUAUAUAUAUAUAUAUAUAUAUAUGUAGUGGUUUUAAUGAAGUUAAAAUAACACAUACUACAGUGUCGAGAAGAUGGUCCAGUUUUGGUAUCAUCACUGCAGAGUGACAAUCUCACCAACUGAUUGAUAGAAGUAUUCAAUUAAAAACUUCACUUCGCAGCAAUGCAAAUUAUAAUGCUGUUAUGGCCAUAGUUAUUAGAAUAAUGCAUUAUGAUCAUGUGUUUGUUUAAUUAUAAUAUGCUGCAUAGCAUGUUUGGUGUUAAUUUCAAAGGCACAUUAGUUGCCCUCCUCUGGUGUUUUUAUAACAAAACUCCUUGUUUUUCCAUGUUAUGUUAGUUUUACACGGUGCUAUUUUCAUGUUAUGCUAUUUUUACACAAUAUUUUCUAUUUACUUAUUCAAAGCUGCAAAAAGCUGUAUGAAGAG